GGUUGAUUCUGAAUCCAAUCCAAUCCACCGCAAGAUAUAUCCAUAUCUGUGUUGUUGUUGACUUUGGCCAAAACAAGAAAUUAAGCCCUAAUGGCAGGCUUUUUAUUUAACAAAAAAGGAUAUUAAUAUUGCAAAGAAAAACGGAAAAGAAACGGAAAAAAGCAAAAAAAGAAAAAAAGAAAAAAAGACUCUCAAUUAGAUUCGACUGGUCCGGGUUAUUUGACCAGACUGGGUAUAAAUAUUUAUUUCAACUCUCCCCUCGCUCUCGGUCGAAAUAUUUAAUCCUCCAGCUCUAUCUCGGCCUGCUAAAUAAUAUAUCUCUCCCUCCUCCAAGGUAUAAUAACUAUACGCUGUACAACCCUUGCAGCCUCCGCAUCUGCAGAUUGGCUUGCGCAAAAACAGGGAAAACGAAGCACCAAAAGCAUAUGCUUAAUAACCUUUCUUCGGCACUCCGAGCUGUGGCCCGGCUCAAGCCCGCGGGUGGAGAAAUAAUCGCCCUGGCUCCCUCACGGGCGAGUCCGCGGCUGAGCCUGAUCUCUCGACAUCUGGAUCAGAGACUCCCUUUGCCGGCCUUGAACACGCCCUUUUCGACCGAGAGAUCUGUGUCUGUCGAGCCUGACGACCUUGAAUAUAAACCCCUCCAGCGGACCCCGCCUCUCCUCAACCACAAGAAUCCUCUUGCUCCCACUCCCACCAGCAAUCGAAAAGAUCCUGCUGCGAAAAUGUCCGCCCAAGCCCCGCACUCGACGCUCCUGAUCCCAGGCCCCAUUGAAUUCGACGAUGCGGUGCUUCAGUCUAUGUCCCAUUAUGCUGAGAGUCAUGUUGGCCCCGCCUUCGUAAAAACAUUUGGCGAAUCCCUCGCUCUCCUUCGCCGCCUCUUCCAAUCUACCUCCCCAUCUUCCCAGCCGUUCCUCCUUGCCGGUAGCGGCACAUUGGGCUGGGAUCUUGUCUCCGCCAACCUGAUCGAGCGCGGCGAAGAUGCCCUCGUCCUGCACACCGGCUACUUCGGUGAUUCCUUUGCCUCUUGCCUUGAAACCUACGGUGCCAAAGCCACCCAACUCAAGGCCCCAAUCGGCCAACAACCCUCCCUCGCCGAGAUCGAGCAAGCCCUAACCGCAAAACCCUACAAACUCCUUACCGUCACCCACGUCGACACCUCCACCGGCGUCCUCGCAGAUAUCAAGUCCAUCGCCGCCCUCGUCCGCCGCGUCAGCCCAGAAACCCUCGUCGUCGUCGACGGUGUCUGCAGCGUCGGCGCCGAGGAGAUCGCCUUUGAUGCCUGGGACCUCGACAUCGUGCUUACCGCCAGCCAAAAGGCCAUCGGCUGCCCGCCCGGUCUCAGCGUCGUCAUGGCCUCCGGCCGCGCCAUCCAGCGCUUCGAGAACCGCCAGUCCCCGCCCACCAGCUACUACGCCUCCAUGGCAAACUGGCUGCCCAUCAUGCGCAACUACGAGGCUGGCAAGCCAUCCUACUUCGCCACGCCCGCUACCCAGCUCGUGCACGCCCUCCACACCACCCUGACACAGGUAACCAGCAAGCCGCUGGCAGAGCGCUUUGCGGCUCACAAAGCUGCCUCGCAGCGUGUUAAGCAGGCUGUUGCUGAGCUGGGAUUGCAGCAGCUGGCGACCAAACCCGAGGACCAGGCCAAUGCCAUGACGGCCAUCCGGUUGCCCGAGGGCAUGACGCCGCCAGAUAUCCUACCUGUGCUCGCGAAGAAGGGUGUUGUCUUUGCUGGGGGGUUGCACAAGGAGAUUGCGUCUAAAUAUAUCCGCUUCGGACAUAUGGGGGUCAGCGUAACGGGUCCCGGACGGGAUGAUAUUGACAAGGCGAUCGUUGCGAUGAAGGAGGCGUUUGCGGAGGUGAAGAAGUAAUUAGAGUCUCCCUUUUUUAUCUUCCUUACUUUAUUUUUCCUUUGUUCCAUUGAAGGGAGUUCUGUUCUCUGAAUAUAUUCUUUUUUAUUUUCAAAAUUACUUUAAUAUCAGUUUACGGUGUGAAAGUGAUGGAACGGGCGGGUUUUCUUUCCGGGCGGAGGGGACUGGAGAUUGUGUUUAGAGAUACCUACAUAAGAAUGAACCGCUUUUGAUAUUCCACGAGCGGGGAAAUUAUGGGGUUUUGCAUAUAGGUAAAAGAUGAAAGAAUACAAAAAACCUGAAAUUAUAAUUCCUUCCGCACUGUAAGCAAAUAUAUCCUCUCAAGAUAAAAAACAACAAAAUAAGACAUUCUUACAUGCUACAUGCACAAUUACCCAAUAAUAUACAGAUAGUUACGGAGAAAUUCGACGUGAGAACAUGAUCAUUUCUUUUUCUAGCUUCAAGUAUCUGGAUCUAACUGUAGUGCUCAAGCGAGG